AUGGAUUCCGAGAUCGCCGUCGACUUCUCUCCCUUGCUCAAAAUCUACAAGAGCGGCCGCAUCGAGCGUCUCAUGGGAGAAACCACCGUCCCCGCCUCUCUAACCCCUCAAAACGGCGUCGUCUCCAAAGACGUCGUUUACUCUCCCGACCACAAUCUCUCCGUCCGUGUCUACCUCCCGGAGAAAGCCGCCGAGACCGGUGAGAAACUCCCUCUCCUCGUCUACUUCCACGGCGGAGGCUUCAUCAUCGAAACCGCUUUCUCACCGACUUACCACACGUUCCUCACGGCGGCUGUCAACGCUUCCAACUGCGUAGCGGUGUCGGUUGAUUACCGGCGUGCGCCGGAGCAUCCGAUACCGAUCCCUUUCGAAGACUCGUGGACGUCUCUCAAAUGGGUGUUCACCCAUAUCGCCGGUUGUGGACCGGAGAGUUGGUUGAACCAACACGCCGACUUCACCAAAGUGUUCCUCGCCGGAGACAGCGCCGGCGCCACGAUCACUCAUCACAUGGCGAUGAGAGCUGUGAGGGAGAAACUCAGUCCCGAGUUAAGGGACUCAGGAAUCUAUGGAAUCAUCUUGGUUCAUCCUUACUUCUGGUCCAAGACACCGAUAGAUGAUAAGGAGACGAAGGAUGAGACGUUGAGGUCGAAGAUCGAGGCGUUUUGGAUGAUGGCGACUCCGAACAAUAAAGAGGGAGUUGAUGAUCCGUUGAUCAACGUGGUUCAGUCAGAGUCGGUGGAUAUCUCCGGGUUGGGUUGCGGGAAGGUGUUGGUGAUGGUGGCUGAGAAAGAUGCGUUGGUGAGGCAAGGGUGGGGGUACGUGGCGAAGCUUGAGAAGAGUGGGUGGAAAGGGAGAGUGGAGUUGGUGGAGAGUGAAGGAGAAGACCAUGUGUUUCAUUUGAUGAGACCUGAUUGUGAGAAGGCUGUUGAGGCUAUGAAGGUAUUCGCUGGGUUUCUUAAAGGGUGA